AUGUGCCCGACACCCCUGCCUGCCCUGCCCAGGUUUGUGCUGUGCGCAUCCCCGGCAACACUGCAGUCGUGGGGCUGUGAGGGGGACGGGCGCGACCACCCAGGGGCGAGGGAGAGGAAGCUCGACGUCCUGAGUUCCGUCGACGCCUGCGCAGCCGAGCGUGGCACCCCGGACGUCCCCCUGCGCAUCAGCCGCGGCCUGCAGCGCGCCAUCGGCGCGAGCAUGGUGACCACCCCCGUCGGGGCCAAGCGCCACUACACCAUGUCCUACUCAGACCCCCUGGAGGAGGGCCUGGCCGAGCUGCUGACGGGGCCCAGCUGGAGGGGGGAGCCGCCCUUCCCCUGCCACAGGUGGACGCGCUGCCUGCUGCUGCAGCAGCUGCUGGUGGAGGCGUUUGACCUGCUUGACCCAAAGUGCCUGCGCAUCAUGCCGUCGCGCCGCACACGGCUCUCCCCGGUAGCCUACAAGUGCCUGCCGAACCUGGAGGCCUACCAGGCGCGGCUCAACCUGCUCAGCACCAGCCCCUCGCACUCCAACUUCACAGCGCUGCAAAACCUGGCGGACCCACUCGCCGUCGCCAGGCAGGGCGGCGUCAAGGCGCCCCCCGCACAGUGGGGGCUGCCGUGGGCGCCGCCCGCGGGCCUGCCGGCCGCACUGCAGACACUCAGCCCCGGCAGCAGCCCGGGCGCGAGCGGCGCGGCGUCGCCGGGGCAAGCUGCUGGGGGUCUGGGGUCUGCAGGGUCUGGCGGCUCGCUGGACCUGGGGGAUUUUGUGGCUGGAGCCCUGCAGAGUGUGGGAGGCGGCGCGCUCGGCAGCGGCAGCAGCGGCGUCAGCAGCGACAGCGUUGCAACCAGUGGCAACGGCAGCAGCACCUGGCAGUCGGAAGGUGUCAGGCGCGACGGCCGCGGCACGGGGAGCGGGAGCAGCGCCGGCAUGGACACGCAGCAGCAGGGCGGCGCUGUGCAGGCGGAGCCGGUGCUGCCGCUCGCGGCGGUGGAGCAGCAGAUGCGGCGCCUGCACGCGCGUGGCGGUGCGGGGGGCGACGCGAAGGGGGAGGCGCUGCUGCAGGAUGUGGUGGGUGCCACCAUGGUGCAGGUCCUGCAGCAGGCGCAGCAGGCGCAGCAGGCGCAGCAGGCGCAGCAGGCGCAGCAGGCGCAGCAGGCGCAGCGGGGCCAGAGCAGCGCGGGAAACAACACAGCAGCGGCGGAGGAGCGCCGGGCAUUGCGUGAGCCCUGGCGGCAGCAGCAGCAACCCAACGGCCGCGGUGCCGACACCACAGGUGCAGAUGGCGCGACAGGCGGUGGCGUGCGCGCCGAGGGCAACAGUGCCCCGCCACCCGCGGCCACCAAUGGGUCGGUUCCCUCGGGCGACAACGGCUCCACAUCUCGCGUUCCUAUGGACAAUUAG